GGUCCUACCCUCGUAGGUAAACCCUUUAAGUACCUAAUAAGUACGACGACAAGUAGAAGCCAUGAUUUUAUGUCCUUUACUAAAUCUCUAUCAAAAUAUCAAAUAAUACCUACUCUUACACAUUUUCCUCUCAAUCAAGGAAAGGGAGGGGAAAAGGCGGGAGCGUCUCGUCUAAUUCACAUGUACCGGUACCUCGCUCCUCUGGUAUAAUCGGACUUAAGUCUCCAGGUCAUGGGCGCCGAUAUGAUACUUCAAAAUGGUAUUUCCCAACAAGCCAAUUGCCCACCUCCUGGGCUCUAACGGCCCCGUCCACGCACUCACAUACUCACAUUCACCGGGAACAUAUAUCCUAGCCGGCUCAGCAGACCGGACUGUGAGGUUGUACAACCCACAACCCAGCACAUCCAUCCACCCCAAUUCCUCGCACAUAACCAAGAACAGCAAUGCCGCCCCUUCAACAAUCACUCAAGGUCUUAUGAUCCAGUCCUAUUCAGGCCAUGGAUAUGAAGUUCUCUCACUCGACGUGACCUCGGACAACGCGCGCUUCGCGUCGGUGGGCGGGGACCGCACUGUCUUCUUCUGGGAUGUGGCGACGGCGAUGACGAUCCGACGUUUUGGCGGCACCCCGCAGAGCCACACUGCGCGAAUCAAUUGUGUGGCAUUUGCCGGCGAGGACGACAGUCUCGUCGUUACCGGUAGUCUAGAUACCACGGUCCGGAUCUGGGAUCUCAAGAGCAAGUCACUGAAGCCGGUCCAAAUUCUAAGCGAAGCGCGCGACUCUGUGUCCGCCGUGGUUAUUCGCGGGCCCGAGAUUGUUACCGGUAGUGUUGAUGGCCGUAUUAGGACGUACGAUGUACGCAUGGGGCAGUGUGUAACGGAUGUUAUCGGCCCCAGUGUUACGAGUUUGUGCUCAACUAAGGAUGGAAAAGCACUUCUAGUCGGGAGUCUAGAUAGUAAAAUACGAUUGAUGGAUAGAGAAAGCGGAGGGUGCCUUAAGACAUACUCAGAUCCGGGCUGGAAGAAUGAAGGCCUACGUGUUCAAUCUAUACUAGGCGGCAAGGAGCAAUAUGUGGUAACAGGAGAUGAAAUGACAGGCACGCCAGGGAGAAAUAGUGAGGGUAGAAUAUUGGCCUGGGAUGUUCUUACUGGGGGUUUGGUAGCAAAGGUGGAUGUUCCCUGGGGACCUCCCGGCCAUGAGCCUAAGAAGAGCGUUGGGAAGGAUGGCAAACCGAAAGAACGGAGCAAUGUACUCAGUUGUCUCGCAUGGAAAGAGAAUGGGUUCGGGGAUCAAUAUUGCGUUAGUGGCACAUCUGGUGUUGUCACUGUAUUUGGAUAUCAUUGAUUUAGGAAGGACACCCUCCCCGACGAAUUUUAAAAGGGGUUCUAUCGUCACAGAAAUUAUGCAAUGCUUAACAUGAACAUCUAACACCAAUUAUUGGCGUUCCUCAACAUUGAUUCUAUGCGACGAUAAUUGGCUGGGUAACACCAUGUCGACUUGUGAAAACA